UCCAGUGGUGUUCGUGCGUCCAAGAUUGUGCCAUGUUCAAAGACUGUACAUCCCUCAAGGGUUUAGAGCCGCUUCCACGUGUGCGAGCUUCUUUGUGGUAGACUAUCCGUAACUUCCACGAUACCCCAUUCGUCCUGCGGACAUACCUUGCUUCCUCCCUCCCAAGACUUCUUCUUAUCACGCUCGUUUACUCCUUCGCAUACUCUUUUAUCCAUUUGAAGCAACGAUGCUUUCACAGUGAACACCGAAACCGGCGACUUAAUUCUCCUCCUCCAUUCUGCUCCAUGCUGUCCACGUUCCCACGCAAUGCCUCGCCUACCACCUUGCCGCGCUCCGAUCUGGUCAUUCCAGCAGUCCUCUUCCUUGACAGUAUCCUCGUCGAUCUGAACCCCCUAUCCGCCUCUUGGGUGUAUCCUCAUGGUCUUCUCAUUCGCGCGGCAGCAUGGGCGAUUCUGGGAGGAGUUUUGACGAUCAAGGUCGGCGUCCAAGGACUACUGGAUGUUAAGAAUGCGAAGAGGAGGACAGCAUGGUUGGUGGCAGGACUGCUGGUGCUUGCGCAAGUGUGCGAGAGAUCGGUCGAGGACCAUGGCGGAAGGGAGAUCCUAUUGGCUCAGGUAAGAGACGCAGACACUCUGGCCACGCAUUGGACGUCCACAGCUGACGGUGAGAGCGCGUAGGCGUUGCUACCAGCUCUGAUAUGGUUGUCUUUUGGCGGCGAUGCCAUCGGCGAUGAUGAGUCCGCGAUGAUCAUUCCCCUCGAGCACGACCGCAGUCGAGCCACAAGUCCAACGAAGCAAAAGCAGAUUGUGGAAAGAACUGCGCCGCGAGGUUCGUCGCCGCCGCGCGUAUCCUCUGUCAAGCUGGCGAUUAUCACG